GAUACUCAAAAAGCGAAACACCUUUUGCAUAAACUCUAUCAAAUCCAAGUUUUUACGUCAUCUUUUUAAUAAUUUUUUUCUUUUUUAAAAAUCUCACAUAAUUCUCAAGAAGGCAACUUUUUAUUGUUAUUCUUAAUAUAAAAGCCCAACAAUACAAAAAGAAUGCAGACGAACAUGUAUGACGAUGAAUCUCAAUCGAUAUUUGUUUUUAGAAACCCUUUGCGUUUUUUAUCUCGUAAAGGUAGACAGAUUGGCGCUUACCUUUCUGGUGGUUUGCUUGCCAUAGGUUGGUGGGUGUUCAUUGAUGCAGUCAUCAACUCUGCUCGAUAUAAUGGAAGUAGUAAAAUGGGAUUUGAGGAUUGGUUUUCCGGUAUUUUGACCACGUUUGGUAUGAUUGUCAUCAACUUGAUCGAUAAAAGUCGUUUGCAGGGUGAGGCGUUUUCAUAUGCUGGAUCGGGACUUGUUUGGAAAGCAAGACUCUUUUUGUUUCUCGGAUUUGCAUUAAUUGCCGGAGGUUUUGCUGGAUCUUGUUGUGUGUUGAUUAUCAAGUACAUUGUUCAUUUGGAUUCUGCGCAACCUUAUAUUAAUUAUGGUAUCGCUGGCGUAGGACAGAAUGGAUUGAUUAUGUUGAGUACCAUUGUAUUAUGGGUGGCUCAAAACACAAGAGAAGAAUACGAAUAUAAUAUGCGAAUUUAAUAAAAUAGAUUUUUUUUUCAUCCC